UUACUUGACAAAAAAAUUAAGUCCAUAAUGUAUUAGAUUUUUAACUAAGUAUAGAAUGUGUUCACACAAAUUAAAUAUUGAAUAUGGUAGAUUCAUUAAAAAAGCAAGAAAUGAAAGAUUAUGUAUCUUAUGUAACCAGGGUGACAUCGAGGAUGAGUUUCAUUUUAUUUUAAAAUGUCCAAAAUAUGACAUUAUUAGAAAAAUGUAUAUAAAAAGGUAUUAUUAUACAAAUGCAUCUGUUUUUAAAUUAGUUCAAUUAUUGUCAACAAAGAAUGUAUCAGAGUUAUCUAAUUUAGGAAAAUAUCUGAAAUACGCCACAGAUAUAAAAUUUUCAUGACAUUCUUCUGAACGAAUUAUACAAUGUAGUCUUGCCUCCGAUUGUAUUUAAAAUGUUCUGUUAUGAUAUACAUGUACAUAUUUAUGAUAUACCUAUAAGCUGUAUUGCUUUUGGUUUGAAAUAAACUUACAACAAUGAAAAUUUAGAACAAAGUAAAAAUUGUAAUUGUUGUCUUUGGUUUCAACGUGAGCAGGAACAGAUAUUCUCCUCCCAGGGUUGUUUACAACCGUUGCAAUACUGUUGAAAGCAGGAACUCACGUAAAUCAUUUACAAGUUAACCAACUAUUGGGUACUACCCCUAUACAUUUACGGAGGUUUACUUACACGGAUGGAAGUAUAUUAUAUUAGUACCAUGAAAACAAAUUAGUCAUGGAUGUUUUCAAAAUAUGCACAUGUACCAACAGACGAAAACUUGUAUUCACCCUCAUGUUUGCAUCAGCACUCAUUUAUACCAUGCAAAAUCAAGGAUACAAUAUAUUUUCUCGCAACACGAUGGAAAAUUUACAAACCAGCACUAAUGUGGAGAAUACAGUUCUAAAUAUGUCUAUACACAGUUAUACUGACACAUAUACCAAUCAGAAUACAAAAAGGAUUUCAGCACAAGGUCCUAGAGACAUUUUAUUAUUCGGUUAUCAACGAGGAGAAACAACGUUUGUGGGACAUAUUCUCGGGUGUAGAAAGGACACGUUCUACUUUUACGAGCCUUUCUGGUCAAUAUCGAAACAAAAAUAUUUCACGAAAUCUCAGAAGUGUGACACACACAAAGAUGUAUGUAGAAACUAUGACAACAACACACUUAACAUUUCUAGACUGGUUAGCUCAUUGUAUGCCUGUGAUUCCGAUACAAUAGGAAAACUUGUAUCAAGUGUCCAAUCAGAACAUUCCUGUACAAGGAACAGGGAAAAGUUCAAGAGCAAGGAUGUCCAAAAACUACAUAAUAUCUGCAAACAAGCUAAGUAUAGAGUUACGAAAAUGCUGAGAAUAAGUGCGGAAUUUAUUGAAAAUCUUCUUCAAAUAAAUCCUAAAUUACAAAUUGUAUAUUUGUAUCGUGAUCCAAGAGCAAUUAUAUCUUCAAGAUUGAAAAGUAAGGCCAGACCAAUUAAAGAUUUAGUGACUGCAGUGUGUAACAAGAUGGACAUAGAUAGUAGUACGGUUAUUCAAAUAGCGAACAAAUAUCCACAAAAUGUUAUUUUAGUAUCUGCAGAAAGUAUUGCAAAGGAUCCGGUUAAUAUUUCACGUAAACUGUUUGAAUUUUUGGACCUUAAAUUCACAAAAUCGGAUGAAAAUCAAAUAAAUAGUUUAUCAAACUGGAAUAGCAAGCGUAAAAAGAUGAGAGAGGGAAAUUUCAACCCGUAUAAAAAUAACGGAUACGCCUCGUCAAUGAAAUGGCGGACAGUUUUAUCACGUGAUAUCAAAGCCAUUGCUGACAGUCUAUGUCAAUCUGUGUAUCAACGUCUUGGAUAUCUAAAUAUGACAUCAGCAGAAUAUUUCCGAAAUAUCAAUGAAACUAACAUCUUUCUGCCUAAAAAAAUAAAGGAAUUCUCUUUGCAUUAACAAAGUACGCCGGCUUGUGUGUGAAAAUUGUUAGGGCCCAAAAACACUUAUAACAGUUUUUAUCGUUUUUUUGUUCAUUUUUCCUUUGAUCUUUUUUUGUGAUAAUUUUCAUAUCAUGCUUCUCGCUUGAUAUGGAAAAAAUAUCGCUAGAAACUAAGGAGGCCACGUGGCGUUGCUAACGAAAUUGACAUUGAAAUUGACAACGUCGUCAUAGGAAAAAUAGCGAUAAACAGAUUAUCAUUGGUCAUCUCAACUCGAUUGCUUUUCUCACUGUACCAACUCAAGCGAGAAAAUCAAUCUCGUUGAGAUAAUCAACGAUAAUCUAUAAAUAUACAUCGCUUUAGUUAAAAAAAAAUACAUAUUAUGUUACUUGAUUUUUUAUCCUUAUUCAGAUGGGAGAGAAAUAUUUUUAUAUUGUCCACAUUAAAUAUGGCAGAUUGCACUGCAAACUUCAAUUCAUCAAAGUUACAAUCAUGAUGCAGUUGUACAAUAUUAUAUCGAAAGCAGUUAAGAAAUGUUUUUUUUUCUCUUCAAUUUAAGAAAUAAUAUAUAUGAUGUAUGCCAUUUAGAUGUUGAACACUACUAUUUAUCGAUGAACAGGAAUCUUUUAGAUGUAACGCUUUAAAAAGAAACACACAUAUCAUGACUGUUCAAAAACGUAUCAUAGAUAACAGGAUUUUUUUUUUACACUAGACGUGCAUUUCGUCUUUAAAAGACUCCUCAGAGAUGCCCGAAUCAAACAAUAAAAAAAGCCAAAUAAAGUACGAAAUUGAAGAGCACUAAGGACCCACAAAAACAAAAUAACCAAAUACAACUUAGAUAAUCUAUUACUGGACUAGAAAACCUUUUAGUAUUUAGAAAAAUCAAAGUUUUGUAAUUUAUAUAUGUAUAUGACCAUAUCACAAGUGGCAUAGAACCUAUGGUUUUAGAUAAUUCAUCAACGAUACCAGGAUUGACAUUUUCUUUAAAAUUUUACUUUAUCCAACGGAGACAUCUGUGACCAAUACAUAUACUCCUCGAUGUCUCAAGUAAAUCAAAAUACCACAAUUUUAACGACAUGCAGUUUCAGUAUUUUUUGUGUGCUUGUUUUUUCUGAUGCUGCAUUUAUUUUUCUUUUAUCAUUUAUAGUUUUGUUUUAAAUUUUCAUUCAUUUCUUUGUGUAAAUGAUUAUAAUUUGUUUCUUAAAACAUGAAGACACCUUAAACUGGCCACUCAUAUUUGACAUCCGAUUAGUUUAACUUUUAUAUUUAGUUUAAUUCGAUUGGAUGACUACCUAUUCUAAUGUUACUUGCACUAAAUUGUUUUAAAAAUUAAUACAGCAGACUAACUUUUAUGUCAUGAUUCCCGUGAUUUAAUAUUGAUUCCUGUAUACAAGGAAGCUUUUGAAUCAAAAUGUCCUGAUCAAGUGAUUAACACGAACCACUCUUCUCUCAAAGAACGUUUCCUCCUUUUUCUAACAAAAAAAUUCAU